AAAUAGAAAAAAAAUGAAUUUCAGUUUUUAGCAGGUUUCAAUCAAUCGAACAUAACGACGAGGAGAAGCGAGAGAUUGAGAGACAAGAAACACACAAAGCACCAACGCACAUAAGAAAAAAAACACCCAAAAUAAUUUCUUCUUUUUCAACCAGAAAACGAAAAAAGCCCUAGGAGAGAGAAAUCGCUAAUUCAAUUUCGCAUUGCAUUUCGAGAUCUCGAUUCUUCAAUCCGUUUAAGGGAUUGGUUGUGCAUUAGCUAUGGCAAAUUCUAAGGGGUCAUCAAACUUCAGAAAUUCUGUGAACUCUGGAAAGCAUGCUUUACUGCCUCCUAAAAGUCCAUUUCCUAGUGUUUCUCCAGCAUAUGUGGAUUAUGCGCCCAGUGGUGUAAUUGGACCAAAAGCAAUUCAGAAGCCCAGAGAGGGUAACAUACACCACCAGCGGACAACUUCUGAAAGUUUCCUACUGGAGGAGCAACCUUCUUGGCUUGAUGAUCUCCUCAAUGAACCAGAGACGCCUGUGUGCAGAGGAGGUCAUAGGCGUUCAUCAAGUGACUCUUUUGCUUAUAUAGAUGUAAUAAAUGCUUCUAAUGGAGACUCUGCAGCUCAGGAUGAGUACAGAUAUAGGCAGUUGGUCUCUGUUCCUUCUUGGGGAUCUCAAGAUUUGGAUUAUCACAAGGAUUCUAGGCAUGCCCAUUUCUAUAGUGAGGAAAACUUGGGGAAGCCAAAGAACAGGGCAUGGGAAUCACCAGUGAAUACCAUGCCUCUUCCAAGUAGCCUUCCUUCUGCCAGGGAGAGUGUUCUGCAGAAUUCAGGAGCAUCAGUUGGAACGCAAGAAGCAGAUGUUACAUCUACAGCAAAUGAAAAGCUGGAGACAGCUGAAGCUGGUCCUUAUGAUUCAAAAUCUUCUGAGACAAAGGAUAAUUCCCAUACUAAGCCCUCAACCGAAUCUGACACGAAACGUGCCAAGCAGCAAUUUGCUCAACGUUCAAGGGUCCGGAAACUUCAAUACAUAGCUGAGCUGGAAAGGAAUGUGCAAGCUUUACAGGCAGAAGGGACUGAAUUUUCUGCUGAGCUUGAAUUUCUUAACCAGCAAAACCUUAUUUUGACCAUGGAGAACAAAGCUCUGAAGCAACGUUUAGACAAUUUAGCUCAGGAGCAGCUUAUAAAAUGCUUGGAGCAGGAGGUAUUGGAGAGGGAGAUUGGAAGGCUACGAGCGUUGUACCAGCAGCUGCAACAUCAACAACAACAACUGCCACCAUCUUCAAGUCAUCGUCGGUCUGGCAGCAGAGACCUUGAUUCCCAGUUUGCAAAUCUAUCCUUGAAACAUAAGGAUGCCAAUUCUGGCCAUGACUCUGUGACUGGUCCACUCCGCAGUUAGAUUGAUGAUUUAGCUAGAGCUGUGUUGUGCCACUACCUUUCUCUGAUUGGCACUGCUCGUGUUGACAUUAAUUGUUGUUUCCCUUGUGCAGGAUAAAAAACCCAGCUCUUCCAAGUCUUGGUGUCCGACUAUGUGUCUGAUUUGCUCAUUUUUAGUUUUUCAACUGUUUCUUUCCCUUGCUUUUUUUACCUAUUGAUAAGUUAUUAUUUUCUUGUGCACCUGGUAGUCAUUGCUCGAAAUUAUAGAUGGAGCACAUGAAUGGCUCGCCCGAGGUGGUAACUUAAACCAGGUUUCAUGUUUUGACCUCUCAUGUAUGUUCUAAUGUUAAAAAAGGAAAAAGGUUGGAUUCUCUGCAGUUCUAUUGUGGGUUCAAGUUAAGUGCAGAAAGAAAGGUCAUUAGGAUUCUUUUCAAUGUUUUAGAAAAUUGCUUCCUGUAUUAUGUAUUAGAUGAUUUACACUUGUGUUUAGUAGUUUGUAAUUUUGAGAUUUGAUUUGUUUACCAUAUUGGUGCCUAAUGUAUAAAUCCUGUAGCAUUUAAUGUUACAAACCAACUCUUCUUUUAAAUCAACCUAUAAGUUUACAUUUUAA